UGGGCUUCCAUUUUUUUUUUUUUUGUUGUUUACUACGUUUUUGUUUUCAUAGGACAUCGGUUACACUACAUCGUUACAUGGGGUCGUUUUUGUUUUCACCGGUUGAUGUAGAUUUUGAGUUUCUGUUGAAUGUCAUGUUAUAAAUGGCAGAAAGGAAGUUUACGCGUGCUCUCAGCAAGCCGGGAACGGCUGCCCAGGCUCGUGAAACCGUAUCGCAGGCUGUCAGGGAAAGCACUGUCCUGGUGCGCCCUCACCUGGUGGAGCCGAUUGACUAUGAAAAGUUUAUCACCAAUUACCGCACCAUCCUUCAAAAUGACCCCCAACGUGAAAUGCUCUUCUUUCCCAUGGAUGACAUCUCGCAAUCUGUCAUUCCUCGUGCCAUACGAACUACAGUGGCAAGCAUUCCACCCAACAUCUCCUUGGAGUGCCUGCCUCUCUUUGUGCGUCAGUGCAUCAAGACUUACACGGCCGACUGGCACGUGGUUGUGUACAAGUACAGUGCCUAUUCGGGAACCUACAAGGAGCUUCUUAGAAUUCCCAGACCGACUGACUUGCAAGAUCAAGUCUAUGAAGUGGACACAGAAAGUGAAACGAAAGACCUAGUACGUGAUACGUUCCUCAACCUCUCGAUGCUUAUCAUAGCACCUUUGCAGGAGAUGAAGGGAGACUCUGAAGUAAUCAAAGAAGGCUACAUACUGAAGGGACCCGAGUCUGGAACAGACAGUUUUAUCAGCCUUGCCACUAAGUCCUUUAAGAGGAGGUUUAUGACACUCAGGAGGGAAGUAGAUGGGACACACAUCUUGGAGUUUUACAAGGAUGACAAGAAAAAUGAAUCUAAAGGGACCAUCUGCAUGGACUUCUGCAGCAGGGUUGUGCGGAACUCCAAGAGAAGUAAGCAAAGCUUGGAACUUCAAAUGCAAGAUGGGCACAAAUCAUGCGUCUUGGGUGCUGAGAGUGAAGUGGACAUGGACGGCUGGAUGGCAAUGCUUGUCGCUAUCAUUGCCAAUAACAAAAAUGACUCAAGUAAAAAGCAGCCUGUCUCUCCCGAAGAAAACGUCACAUCAUCGCUGUAUGGGUAUGGAACUUUGAAAAGCUUGGAACACAGCAAAAACCCAGAUUUGGUUAAGUAUGCAAGGGAGACUGACUACUCCAUAGCACAGGCCCGGAAGCAGAACAGACAGAACCUGUAUUCGAUCUAUCCAGACCUUCAGAAAUCUACAAACUUGAGUGUGGUGAGCAACUAUGAAAGGCACGUGGAACCCUUCAAAGAGGACCUACACACCCGUGUGUUUGUAAGAUGUGAAGAAGUCAAGUUCAAACUACAAGCACCCCUGGACUGUGAUAAGGGAUCCCUCUGUCAGGUGGAGCCAUACAUAACAACGAUGGCUGUCUAUGACGUCCGUCGCAUGCGGAAAGUUUCAGAAGACUUCUACUUUGAUGUGAACAACGCAUACCUGAGGAACAUGCUUCCCAAGACACUUAGGAGAAAGAGCGCUGGAAGCACCACUUGCAAUGGUGCCAGUUUGAAAGAGCUAGGAGAGGAGUGGCUAGCUUUUCCGAGACAGGCAGUAUUCACAAUCCAAAGGCCCGAGCCAGAGCUUUUCCUCGUGGUGCGGAUCGAGAAAGUCCUCCAGGGAAGCAUCAACCAGGCAUCUGAGUCCUACUUAAGGCAUGGAAGCGAUGCCAGGCAGGGCACCAAAGCCCAGAAACUGGCCCGAACCUGUUGUCAGAGGCUAGGACAUUAUCGUAUGCCAUUUGCUUGGGCUGCCAAACCAAUCUUUACUCGCUUUUCCUGUGAGCUGGACAGGUCGCCAGACUUUGGUCAUAUUUAUCGUCAGGACAGUGCCAGGCUUUCAGAAGACGACAUCUUGAAGCACCUCAGUGACUUGAGGAGGCCUGAAAAGUCCAAGCACUUUACAGUGAUUCCAGGGCAGAUCAAGGCCACAAUAAAGCAACUGAAGCCAGACGAAAUUCUAGAAAAUACACUGACGGCAUCCUCGGUGCCCGUGGUACCUUUUCCCGUGCCACCGACGAAGGAUCCGACGCUUGAAAUCCAGCAAUUUCCGACGGAGGUUGCAGCAGACAGUAGCCCGUUUUGCUCCUACCUAAGCCACCUCUAUGUCUACCCCAAGAAUCUCAGAUAUGACAGCCAGAAAGCUUUUGCAAAGGCCAGAAACGUCUCGUGUUGUGUGGAACUAAGAGAUGGAGACGAAGAGGACACAAAGGCACUAAAAUGCAUCCGUGGACGACCUGGAGAAUCCUUGUAUGUGUCGCAGUCGUUUACUGCUGUUACUCAUCACUGCGUCAAUCCGGACUUCUACGAAGAGGUGAAGCUGGUCCUUCCGGUGAAUCUGCACGACAGACAUCACCUGCUGUUCACCUUCUACCAUGUGAGCUGUGAUACCAAACGCAAGGAUGGCCCGGUGGAGAGCAUUGUAGGAUAUUCUUGGCAGCCACUGCUCAGCAAGGGCAGGCUAAACAUUGACGAGUCUGUCCUACCAGUCUCAUCUAAUCUCCCACCCGGUUACUUGUCAUAUAAACCACUAGGACUAGGAAGAGGGUUCUCAGGUCCUGACGUGCGGAUGGUUGAUGGUGGGAAGGAGCUCUUCAGGGUUAACUUGAAACUUGUUUCAACAGUUUACACAAAGGAUCAACACCUGCAGAACUUCUUUGCACACUGCCAGAAACUUUUGGAGAACAAAAUUCCUGGGCCUGACACAGGAACAUUGGUCAAGGAACAAGCAAUCGCUUCAGUUGAGUCUGAAGCCGGAAGGGAAAUCUCGAAGUUGGUCAAGGCCCUGCAUGCGGUGGAUGGCAGCACAGUGAUUCAUUUCCUUCCAACCAUCCUAAACCAGUUGUUAAAGCUCAUCGUGAGCACCAACAAUGAAGAAGUGUCCCUGAAUGCUGUGCGGGUUCUCAUUCACGUCGUCAACUGUGUGCAUGACGCUGGGAAGGAAGACCUUCUCCACAGUUAUGUACAGUUCAUGUUUGUGACGGAGCCAUCACAAGGAUCAAACUUUAGCACAGUCCAUGAAGAACUGACGAAAUCUCUCGCAAACAUACUGAAGAUGAGCAAUGCAGAUUUUCUGGUGAUCCACAAGCUGUUGCAUCAUGCCUGGUUCUUCUUUCAACUCCUGGCCAAGUCCAUGGCACAACAUUUGCUCAACACUGAUCGCAUAAAGAUGCAGAGACAUGAGAGGUUCUCACAGGAGUACAUGGCCAGUGUUCAGGUUCUGAUCAACACAGUCGUGCCGCACAUAUUGCAGAAAUUCAAGGAACUACGUACAGAAAUCAGACAUGCCAACCAGAGCUUGGCUCAUUUCUGCAAGAGGUGUUUCUCACUCAUGGACCGAGGCUUUGUCUUCAAGCUGAUCAACAGUUACCUGGAAGCCUUUAAGCCAGGAGACGAGAUGGAGCUGCAGUGUUACAAGUUUGAUUUCCUGGAAAUUGUGUGCUCCCAUGAGCACUUCAUUGCACUCAGUUUGCCCUCCUUGAAAGGAACCUACACCAGGGGUCAUGCAAAGAGCACAAAGGACAAGGGCGAUGAGGCAUCUAGUUGUGAUUAUGAAGCUGAGUAUUGUCUCUCAGAAGAAUUCUGUCGCAACCACUUCCUUGUUGGUGCCUUGCUCCUGGAGCUAAGAGCUGCACUUACGGAAGUUCAAAAAGUGCGCCAACGUGCUAUUGGUGUCAUCUGCAACCUGUUGGCCAAGCAUGCAUUUGAUGACCGCAUACAGGGCAAGGCUCAGCAGGCACGAGUGGUGUCACUCUACUUGCCACUAAUAUCCAUUCUACUGGAGAACAUAAAUCGGUUGAAUGCUUCCGAGGCUGCGAGGAAGGCAAGCUCUAACUCGACCCUAGUGGAAGAACCUCCUCCCAGCAGCACGCAUCGUAACACCAUUCACUUGGACGGUCCCUCUUCGAUACGUCAUAAUCGUGACUCUAAUUACCUGUCAAUCAUAGCGGGACAAGUUCCUCUUCCACAAUCUGGAGUGGCCAGUGGAUCGAGCACUUCGCUGGACAGUGAAUCGUCCGUGCCUUCCAGUUUGUCAGACAUAAAAAAUGGCGACACCACAAAUGGCUUCACCCGAGAAGUCAUAAACAAGGGUCAUGUUAGGUCCCAGUCUUUGCCAUUUGCUAGUCCUGCCCGGCCAUUGAGGUAUGACAAGUUCGAUCCGGCAGAGAUCAAGGAUCUCCUCGUCUGCUUCUUGUACAUUAUCAAACAGAUGAACGAAGAUGUGUUGAUUGGAUGGUGGCAGCAAUGUGAAGACUGUGACUUACUUGACUUCUUCCAUCUUCUCGAGCUUUGCCUUCACCAGUUUAAAUACAUGGGAAAGAAGCAUAUCUUGAAAGGAAGGAAUCAAGGGGCACAAAGUAAGGCGAUGACAUUGCCUGCUAGAACAGCACCUCCAUGUUUCGCUCAGCGUUGUAACAGCACCUACAGUGAAAAUACUGCAAUGGAAAACGGUGUGGACGAUGGAGACAGCUUUUUCCGAGCACUGCUAGAGGCAAAUAUGGCAACCGAAGUGGGUCUCAUAGCAUUGGACGUGCUCGGCUUGUAUUGCGGACGCUUCAAAGACAUGUUGCUCUACAAUGACGGGGACAACCCUACCAUGAGACGUGUUUUUGACAUCUACCUCUCCUUCCUCGAAGUAGGGCAGUCUGAGAAUCUUCUCAGACAUCUAUUUGCUUCUCUACGUGCAUUCAUCAAUAAGUUCCCCGUAGCACUCUUCCAAGGAAGUCCAUUCCUGUGUGGAAAGCUAUGCUUCGAGCUCCUUCGCUGUUGCAACUCAAAAUUAUCAACAGUCCGAAAUGAGGCCUGCGCCCUCCUCUACCUGUUGAUGCGGAGCAACUUCGAGUUCACGGGAAGGAAGGCCCUCACCAGGGUUCACUUACAGUUGAUAGUUUCUGUCUCCAGAUUGUUAGGCGAAGUAAUAGGGCUCAACACGGCAAGGUUUCAAGAAAGUCUCUCAAUCAUUAACAAUUAUGCUUCCGGAGACAAAGCAAUGCAACGUUCAGUCUUUCCAGACGAAGUGCGAGACCUGACAAAAAAGAUACGGACCGUGCUCAUGGCAACGACACAAAUGCGUGAACAUGAAAAUGAUCCGGAAAUGUUGGUUGACCUUCAGCACAGCCUGGCUAACAGUUACUCGGCCACUCCAGCAUUACGCAAGACUUGGCUAGAAAGCAUGGCUGCAUAUCACGUCAAGACCGGCCAUUUUACCGAGGCAGCACAGUGCUUCAUUCAUGUUGCAGCUCUGGAAGCUGAAUACCUUAGGCAUAAAGGUGUGUUCCCUGAAGGGUGCAUGGCCUUCGAAAGUACGUCUACCAACGUCGUGCAGGACGAGUCUAAUUUGAAAGAUGAUACGGGCAUGCAUGACUUCCAGUACACGGAAGACACAUUGGUAGAACGACUGGAGCAGUGUGCAGACAUGCUGCACAAGGCGGAACGCUACGAAAUAAUGUCUGAGAUCUACAAACUUGUCAUCCCAAUCUAUGAAAGGAAAAGAAAUUACGAGGCACUUUCACAGUGUUACAAGACACUGCAUACAUGUUAUACUAAAAUCAUAGAAGUGAACAAGACUGGAAAAAGGCUGCUAGGCACAUACUACAGGGUUGUCUUCUUUGGCCAGGCUUACUUCGGAGAUGAUUCUGAAAAGGAAUACAUCUACAAGGAGCCCAAAGUGACAUCUCUGUCUGAAAUUUCUGAGAGGUUGCACCAAAUGUUCUGCAGCAAGUUUGGGAGAGAUUCAGUCAAAAUGAUAAAAGAUUCUAUUCAGGUGAACCUGAAGGAUCUGGACCCAAAGUAUGCCUACAUACAAGUGACCCACGUUGUGCCGUACUUCACAGAAAUGCAACUCAUGGAACGACAGACAGAGUUUGAGAGGCACAACAACAUCUCCGAGUUCAUGUUUGAGACACCCUUCACUCUGGACGGCACAAAGGCCCGGGGUUCACUUGAGGAACAGUGCAAACGUCGUACCAUACUCUCAACCGAGUACAGGUUCCCGUACAUAAAGAAACGCAUACCGGUGAAGACUCGUCGCACAAAAGACCUGAACCCCAUUGAGGUAGCUAUCGAUGAGAUGCAGACACGUGUAGCGGAACUGGAGGAUGUUGUCCACGGGAGUCCCCAUGACCUGAAGAAGCUACAACUGAAGCUUCAGGGUAGCAUUAGCGUCCAGGUGAAUGCCGGUCCAUUGGCUUACGCCAAGACGUUUUUGGAUGAGGGAACUUCAUAUUCAGAUGAGGAUGUCACCGAACUGAAAGAGAAAUUCAGACAAUUUUUGCACAUAUGCCAGCAAGCCCUAGACCUGAAUGGAAAGCUGAUUUUGCCAGACCAAUGCGAAUACCAUCUAUCACUCAAGAGGAACCUGAUAGAACUUACAAAUCAACUGUCUGACAUCAUGAAAGAAAAGCUCCAUUCUGAGCCAGCCACGAAGCGCAUGUCCCUGGAGGUGUUCAACUUCAUCAGUGGUUCUUCUGGUUCCAGUAAUGUCUAGGCACUUCAUGUGGUAUCAAAACAUAUUGUCCCGUUGACAUUUCAGGGUUUCUGAAACACAAAACAAUCUCUGUAUUUUUUCACACUCGACGGGUUUUUAAUUCGUAAGCCUUUUUGGGCACAAACAAAGUGCCUUCUUCGAUAGCUUUCUCUUCCAUUUUCUGUCUCAGAAUUUUUGCUGUUACUUUACGUGCUUUUGUUACUGUGACUGCACAAAUUUCUUGUAUUCUGAUAUUGGCACAGAUAUUUGCAAGCAGCAUUUCAUGCACUCCGAGCACAAACAAUAGAGCAUUUGUAGUUCACUAUGGCAUCUGUGUCAACUAGUCAGUGGAUUAAUACAAUACAAGUAUAUAUUUUCUGCAAAGCAUUGCAACAACUUUCCCCAGUCCUUAAUGUGGUGCAAAGCAACGAAGCAUUGUGUUUAUUAUACUUUUAUGGAGCACAUAUUUUUACGUAUAGACAAACUUGCACGAUGUUGCUACUGUGCAUGUACAGUAUAUAUUCUAUAAAUAUGUAUAGCUUUUACAUAUAAUGCUCAUCUUGUGAAAAGCCUUGUCUAAAACUGUGCACAAAAUAUAUUGCAUACAAGUUUAGGCAAAUAAUGCUGUUUUAACUCAGAUGCAAGGUCGGUCACACGGAGGACAUUUGGUACCUGGAUGUAGUGCAUGUUGCGAGUUGUGUGGUGCACCUUGUAAGCGAGUUGUAGCUGCUCUGCAAGCUACUGUGGCCAAUGUCAUUGUAAAAACCCCAUCGAAAGAUUGUAAGUACGAUUUUAAUUACUUUUGUCUUUAUGAAGAUGCUGCACAUGACGCUUUAUGGUAAUGUAACAAAGAAUAUAUUUUUGGACAUGUGCAAUAUCAAUGUACGUAAUGUUUUUGUACAGUAAUAAAGUCUUUCUCUUAUGGCUGAUUAA